AUGUCAAGAGAAGACACAAUCUAGUAAUUUUAGGAUAAGGUUAAUUAUUUGGAUAAUAAGAAUAUAAUUAAAAGUAAAUUUGUCUUUAGUAAGAAGUUUUAAAUACAGAAUAUGUAUCAAAUGAAUUUUAUAGAAAAUAUGAAGUCUAAUAUCCUGAGUCUAUAUAUUGUCAUAUUUAAAAUAAUAAACUUUAAAAAUAAAUUCCAGAUGAUUUUGCUGAUAGAAUACUUGAUUUAGAAAUUAAAUUAGAUGAAGAUUAUGUUGAUAUAGAAGACAUUAAAUAAGUUUUAGAAUUAUAUAUGUAUGAAAAAGUAUAAAAUUUAAAAGAAAUAAAAUAAAAAGAAGAAUCAAUAAGAAAAGUAGUUGUUUAAUCUAUAUAAAAUAACGAUGAAAAAGCUAAAAGUUUAUUAAAAAAUACCGAAUAGGAAAUUAUUUAGAAUUAAUAAUUUAUUUAAAAUUCUUUAGAAUAACAAAGAAGUCUAUUAUACAAAAGAUUAUAAAAAAGAAAAGCUAACACAUUGUUUUAAUCAAAAACUUUUCAAAGUUUUAGAGAAAUCAAAUCUGAUUAAUAUGUAAAAACGAUAAAACCUAACUAAUAAAAUAAUUAAGAAAUUUAAAUAGAAAAAAAUAAAUUAAGUUACUAAUUAGAAAAAUAAGACUAUUAAAUAGAAAAUAAAUAGAGAUCAAAAACCGAUUUUUCAAAAGCUUAAGAAUUUAUUGAUUUAAUUAGAUUAUAAGAAAACAAAUGUGAUGCUAUUCCUAAAGCAUUUAUUUGUGGACUAUUUUAAAUUUAUUUCGAAUGAAUUAAAAAUCAACAUUUUUAAUUUAUAUUAAUUUUUUUUUUUUUUUUUUUUUUUUCAAAAUAUUUAAAAUAAAAAAUAAAUAAAAUAUUAAUUUGUACUUUUAAUAAAAAAAAUGUUUACUUAUAUUCAAAAGCUGUUUAAUUAUAUUCAAAAGCCUUUUAUCCUUACACUAACUUUUCUUACAUUUUUAUUAUUUUGCAGUAUUUAUUUAAAUACUUAAGAAUAAAAUGAAAACAUUCUAUUUAGAAAAUUUAUGCGGACAUAUAAAAAAUAAAACGAAGAAAAUGCUUUUGAAAUAACAGCUGAAUUUUUAACUUAACAUAAAUAUCCUGUUCGUUAAGCAAAAGCAACAUUAUCAAUAGAUAAACAUGUCAUUGAGUAAAGAAUAGACGAUAAUACAGGACUAGCUACUUUUUCUGGAAAACUAUAAAAUUCUUAUUCUGAUUAAUAAUAAAUUUAAAUAUCUAUUGAAUUAAUAGUAGGUUAUAAUUUAGAAGAUACAAAAAAGCUAAAGAACAUAUAUAAUAGUUCAAUAACAAUAAAAAAAGGUGUUAAAACAUAAUCGAAAUAAUCAUUUAUAUUAACUCCAAUCCUUCCUAAGCCAACUUACAUAAUAGGUUGUGUAGAAAAUGAUAAAAAGUAGCCAAUUGAAGGUGCUAUAGUGACAGCAUCAUAUACAGAGCCAAUAUUUUAAGAUACUGUAAUAGAAAAAACCGAUUCUUAAGGAUGUUUUACUAUAAAAGCUGAUUUGGAAGAAUAUGCACCUAUAAAAGGUGACAUAACAAUAAAAAAAUCUCCAUAUAAAGAAUGGAAAAUAAAAGAAGAUAGUUAAUAUACUUCAGGAUUUUUUUUAAUAAAUGAUUUGAAAUUUAAAUUUAAAUAACCAAUAACAUUAAAAGCGAAUUUAAUUCCAAUCGACAUCUAAGGGACAGUAAAAGAUUAAUUCAAUAAAUCAAUUCAAAACGCAAACAUUCAACUAGUAUGUUAAAGUAAUGUCAAUAAAAAUCACAUAUUGACAUUAAAAACAGUGACAGAUUCAUCCGGAAAAUUUCGAUUAUAAAAUGAAACUGAAUUUCAUCCUGAAAGUAAACUCUCAUGUUCAAUAACAAUAACUUCUUAAACAAAUUAAUAUGCAAUUCCUUAUAAAGAAUAGUUUAAUUUAGAAGAAGAAAAAGAUUUUCUAAAAUAGCCUUUAGAAGUCAAAAUUACUCCCAAAGAAUUAAAAGGAAAAGUGUUUGGAAAUAUUCAAAACAACUUUUUUAAAAAACCAGUCGAAAAUGCAAAAAUAAGUCUUUCUUUUAAUUCUCCUUUAUAAUCUCCUAUUCCUUAAGUAUCUAAUAAAAAUGGAGAUUUUUCUUUCGAAUUUCUCGCUUAUGAAGGAGAUGAAUAUGAAACUACUAUCCUAGUUGAAAAAGAUUAAUUUUAAAAAGCUAAAAUCGAAAAAAUUAAGUUAAACUUAGCCAAUAAUUACACAUAUGAUGCAAAAACAAUUACUCUUAUUUAUAUUCCUUAACCUGUUUAGAUAGUUAUUUAAGGAAAAGUGUUUGAAACUACACUCAAAGAACCUUUAAAAUCAGCCAAAGUCUAAAUUUAAAUUACUUCUUAAGGUAAAACAGAAAAACUGGAAGUCUAAACAGAUUAAAAAGGUGUUUUUUCAGCCAAACAUGAGGCUUAAAAUACACAAUAAUACGAUAUCUAGUUAAUAAUAUAAGGUGAUAAAAAAUACUUUGAGGAAUUCAAACCUCCAGCUAAAAAAAUAGACUACAAUACAGGUUUUUCAGGUGAUUUUGGAGACAUUUAUAUAAAAAGAAAUCCUGUGUAAGCAUAAAUAUAAGGUAUAUUAUUUGAAAAAGGUACAAAGAAUGCUGUAAGUAAUUCUUAGAUAUCAAUAACGGCAGUAUAAGGGGAAAAAAGCAUUCUCCCUUAAUAAAAUAUAGACUGCAAAACAAAUUAAAAAGGAGAAUAUGACUGUAAAUUUAAGGCAGAGUUAGGAAUCACUUAUACAAUAUAAUUGAAUAUUUUAAAUUCUUUUAAAUAAUCAUCAUCACUUAUUAUAGGAAAUAUAUCGGAAUAAAAUAACUAUACAAUCAAAAAUCUUAAAAGUGAAGUCGAAUUUAAAUUAACGCCUGUUGAUGGUAUUAUUUCUGGUGCCAUUUUCUCUUCUGAAAAUCUUAAAGACCCAUUAAAAAAAGGAGGAUAAUUUAAAAUUAUUUCCGUACAACCUAAUCCUUUGAAAGAAUUUGAUCCUAAAAUUUAAAAUAUAGACGAUAAGGGAUUAUUUUAGAUUAAACUACAACUCUAAUUAGGUAAGGAAUAUACUAUUACUGUUGAAUUUAGUUACCCUUAAUUAAUUUCUCGUAAAUAAGUUUUUCUUCUUAAUUAUCAGAAUUAAUAUAAAUUAGAAAAGCAAUAGAUUAUUAUGGGAAGUCCUAUAACCAUUAGAAUUAAAUAAGGAUUAGUUAAUACUCUUACAAAUGUUCCACUUGAUAAAGUUGACGUAGUGCUUACCUUGAAUGAAAAUAAUUAAAGUUUCAAAACUUAAACUAAUUUAAAUGGUAUUUUUACUUUUGGUGAAGUUGUAUCUUUAAAUUCUGAAGAGAUUAAAGCUAAAUUAAAUGUAUUAUUUAUUUAUAUAUAUUUUUUGUUUUAUAAUAAAUUAAUAUGUAAAAAAUAGAUUUAAAAAAAAGGAUUUAAUUAAUUAAUUAGUGAUGUUUAAUUUUUAAAGAAAAAUAAUUAUGUUAUUGAAAGUUUAAAACUUAGUUUAGUUUCAGAGCCUUUUAAAACUUCGAUAUAAGGCGUUUUACUUGACGAAAAUAAAAUUCCUGUAUAUUUAGGUUAAAUAACAUUAUUUGUAUUUGAUUCAUAGAAAAAAUUAAUAAAUGAAAAACCUUAAUAAGAAAUUUCUAAUAAAUAAGGAGUUUUUAAUAUAGAAGUAAUGGUAACUUACAAUGAUUUUUAUACUUGUAAAUUGGAAAUAAAACAUGACUUCUUUAAUAAUCUAGAAAAAGAAGUAGUUUUAGAUGCCAAGAAUUCUUAUUAAAUAAAGAAUUUGUAAGUUUAAUUAGAAAGAAAGCAAACUUUAUUAAAAUAUUCAGGAGUUAUUUAUAAUACUCAUAAAUAAAAAAUUCCAGAAGUUCCAGUACUUCUUAAAUUUAGUGAAGAGUCUAAAAAACAUUAAGCUGUUGAUUUAAAAUCAGAAACAGAUUCUUAUGGUAUAAUCGAAUUUGAAGAAAACAUAUUAGUAGGGUAUAUAUAUAAUGCAUUUAUACAAAUAAAAAUAGCAAACGAUAAAGAUUAUUAAGAAUAUAAUGAAGAAGUUGAAUUUAAAUUCGAAAAUAAUUAUUAAUUAACAAACCAAUAAUUAAUAAUGUACAAGAAAAGUGUUAUUUGUGAAGUCUCAGGUCUAGUAUAAGACUUUUAAACCAAAAAACCAAUUCCAAAUGCAUAAGUAUUAUUAUAAUUUGAAGAGUUUAUAGGCAUAUAAGAUUAAUAGUAACUUUUUUAUGCAGACAAAUUAGGAAAAUUUACUAUAAAACAGAAAAUAUAAGAAGGAUUUACUUACGAAUUAUUUUUAAUUUCUAAAUCUGCAAAAUAUAUUGAUUAAAAGACCAAGAUACAAUUAUAAUAAUCAAAUCUAUAUGUGAUAAAAGACCUAGUAAUAAACAUGAAAGUAGCUACCUAAUCUUAAUAUAUAUAAGGUUAAAUAAAAGGUUUUACAUUAUCAAAUACAGGUGAAUAUUUAAAAAAUAGUGAAAUAAUAUUAUACCCUGAUUCAGAUCCAGAGAUAAAAACAAUAUAAAAAAGUGGAGAAAAAGGUUUAUUUUCAUUUGAAAAAAUACCAUUAAUAUAAGGAAAUACAUAUAAAUUUAACCUUCUAUAAAAACCUUUUGAUAAAAACAUAUAUUUAUAAACUAUAACCUAAGUAGAGCUUUCAGAAAAUGAAAGUUAUUAAUAAGUUGAAAUAUAUUUGGUUUCCUAAAGAAUAAAAACACAAUAUAAUAUUCAGGGAAAAGUUGUUGAUAAACAAAGCAAAAAACCAAUUACAGACGCCUUUGUAACUAUUUAAUUCCUUGAUAUGAUAAAUACCAAAAAUACAGAAGGAAACUCCGACCAAAAAGGUCUUUUCAAGCUCCUUGGUGAUAUUAAUUAAGGUCUAGAUUAUCAAGCUAUUAUAAUAGUUGAAAAAGCAGGUUAUUAACCUUUUACAUAAACUAACAUACAAUUAAAAAGUCCGUAUUAAAUGUAAAACUUAAACUUUGAAUUAGAACAAAAUAAUAGCUCUUCAAGCAUUUAUUAUGUUGAUGUGAAAAAUCCUAUUUCGAUUACAGGAAAACUUUACGAAGAUACCACUUGUUCGCUUUUUCCUUAAAAAAAUAUUCCUUUUAUGUAAGUUCUUUUCUUUUUUGAAGUCGAUAAUAGUUUUAAUAAUCAAGACAUACUUAUGGGAAAAAGUUAUACUGAUUUAGAUGGUUUUUUUAAAAUUAAAACACCUCAUCCGACCUUUUCGGAUAUUUAAAGUUACUUUUUGUUUUAAAAAGAAGGAUAUUAGGAUUUAAAAAGAUAUUUGAAAAUUAAAACUACUAGGAAUUAUAAUGGUGUUGAUUUAGGCUAAAUACAGAUUUUAACUACUACGGGUAUUAAAUCUAAUUGUUCUUAAAAAUAAUAAUUAAAAAACAAAUAUUUUUUUUUUUAAAUUUUUUUUAUGAUUAAAAAUUUGUUAUAUAUAAAUAAAAAAUAAUAUUAAAAAUAAUAAAUAAAAAAAAAUGGGAAACGAUUAAGUGUAUCCUUACAAAGUCAGAAAUUCUUUUAUUUAAGAAAACAUAGCUUUUAUAAAAUAAAUAGAAACAGAAGCAUAUGGAGAAAUCAAAAUAGUUAAAAAUACUUUAAAUGCAGACUUAUUGGCAAUUAAAUAAUUUAGAUUUUAAAAUAAUUAAACAUUAGAAUAAUUUAUUUAAAAAGUAGAACAAAGAAAACAAAUUGUAAAUCCUUGUAUUGUUGAAUUGUUAGAGGCUGAAGCUCAUUCCUCUGGAGACUAUUGCUCUUAAUUACUUAAAAUAGAUAUUGUUUACUAAUUUUAUCCUGAAACUCUUGAAUAAUUAAUUCAAAAGAGAAAAAGCAUGAAACAAACAUUUUCUGUAAGCGAAAUAUUUUUUUUAAUAUAAUGUAUUUCUAAUGCAUUGAUUGUUUUCGAAUAAUAUGGUUUAUACCAUGGAGAUGUCCGUCCAUAAACAAUAGUUAUUUCCCCCUAUGAUUAAUUUAAGUUAACUGAUAUAUAAAUACUAACUAAGUUGACUUAAUAUAAAAGACUUUUAUUAGGAUUAACUGAUAAAGUGUAUAUUUCUCCAAUUCUUUUCGAUGGAUUAUAACAUUAGAUCAUGAACCCUGAACAUAAUUAAUACUUAGACGACGUUUUUUCUUUGGGUUUAGUAUCUUUGGAAAUAUUACAUAACUAACCUAUUAAAGAUUUAUAUGAUUUUGAUAAUGGAUAAUUCGAUGAUUAAAAAUUAAAUUAAUUAUUAUAAGAUUUAGAAGAAAAAAACAAUGGUUAAGUUGAAAAGAGUGAAGGAUACUUAUGCUUAUUAUAAUUAAUAAAGAAAAUGCUUUAAAUAAAAGAAAAUGAUAGAAUAACCGCAGAAGGAGUACUUGAAUAUAUUUAAAACAAUAAUUUUUUGAGAG